AUGAUGUGGCCACUGGAGGGAAGGGAUGGGUUCAGAGGGAUCCUGGACCUUAUCCUGGGCUGCAUCCAAAGAAGUGUGAAGGGUUCUCAUUGCUGGAAUGCGAGCGCCAGCGACACCACGGAGCUGAUCGGUGUCGUGAGCGGCUCUGUGACCUUCCACAGCCACAACCCCAACAGAAACGUGGCCCUCUGGAGCUUUGGGAGCGAUCCCAUCGUGACCGUGGUGUUCAGGAGCCCUCCUCGGCUCAUAUUUUUCGAAGACAAAUUCAAAACCCGUUUUGCCGUCCGCGAGAACGGCCACGCGCUCAGCAUCCGCCGGCUGAGGGUGGAGGAUGCCGGCACCUACUCUGUGAACAUCAAUAGAAAAACAUCCACCUUCACCCUGCAGGUGUUCAGGAAGCUGGCAGAGCUCACGGUGACCUGCGAGGCGCAGAACUGCUCGGACAGGAGCUGCAGCUGCUGCCUGCGCUGCUCCACACCCGGAGACACCGGCAGUAAGGAAUGCUUCCAGAGCAUCUCCUCCACCUUGGCUCAGCCGAGGGCUGAGAGCCCCAUGCAGGAGGUGAAUGAAACAUCCCAGGAUGGGCUGGAGCCGGUGACGUGCACGGCACGGAACCCUGUCAGCAGCAGGGACAUCGUCGUCACCACCCCAGGCUGCUCUGCGCAGGUGAGAGCUGGGGACAGCUGGAUCGGGAUCGGCGUCGGCAUCAUAGCCGGGGUUGAAAUCGCGUUGCUUUUAUCGAUUUUCCUCGUGUCCUACCGUAAAUAUAAAUGUGAGUGUGGGAAACCAUCCCUGGAGCCCUGGGCAGCAGCAGGUGGGACCUGGGAGAGGGACAGAGCCAGAACUGGCUCCCAAACGUGUCUGAAGGGCCAGUUCAGCGUCCCCACCUGUGGGACACUUCUCCAUGGACGUCCGUGCUGCCCCGGCUACCGCGGUUUCCGGCCCCGUUCCGCCAUCACGGGGGCCCCGUUCCCCUCCCGCCCUACGGGCACGCCCAGCAGCGUCACUGCGCGCGCGCACAGGCAAGAAAAACCACGGUCGGUAUUUCCGGAGGCGCCAUUUUAG